UGCCCCUGAAGCCCUUCAUCCCAGAAUCCUCACAGGCUGGUAGCCACUCACCUCAGGCUGAAUCCAAUCUUGUAGGAGCCUAGGGUGGUCUCAGUUACACCUAUGGGGCAGGGCAAGGGUCCUCUGAGGAACUGUGUUUGUGGCAGCCUCUGCUGAUCCCCAUCGUACGAGUAUCACUUCCCAGAACAAUUCCUGAUCAUGGUGUGAGUGAAGGGAAUCUGUCCUUGUGGCCCUUAUGGCCACUUCCAUCAGAGACAGUGCAGGGCUGUAUGAUUCCUGCACUUCGCUUGCCCCACCGGGCCCCUCUGUUCUUGCCCUCCAGGACACUGCCCUGGCCCAUGAAGGCCAGCUUACCGUGGGUUUAAGGCCGUUCCCACAGAAUGAAGUGUCCAGAGCUCCCAGAGGAAGCACCCUGGGGAUUGGCCCAGCCCAGCCCAAUCCAGCUGUGACAUGGGAACAGGCCUUCAGCCAGGAUGGCCCUGUUCUGGGCCUGGUUUUACCCUGGCCCUGCCCGCUGCUACUUCAGAGUGGGAAGAGGGGCUACACACUCUCCCAAACUCCCUGCUUGCCUAGCUCACGGUGCCUAACCAGCACUCAGAGAGCUCUGGAGAGGAAUCCACGGACUCUGUGGUAGAUUAGUGUCACUGCUUCUGGGUGCCAAGUCUGCAGCCUGCCGUCCCGCUCUGGCUCCACCUGAUUCCCACACCGCCACCACCACCACCACCAUCACCACCACCACCACUACCGUCUAGGCCGCCUGCAGCCUGUAUCCACACUGUGUUGUUUCAGCAGGCAUCUCCCCCACCCCCCGGAGCCAGCUUGGCACAGUUUCAUUUCUGAUCUCUCCAGAGCCCCGGCAGAACGUACCCCCUGUCCAGCCUAGUGACCUUCGCCUGAGCUCUGGUUAAUAUUUGUCCGACCCAAAGGCAGUGGGGCUCCGCCCCCUGUGUGGAUAUAAGCUGGCCCAGGCUGCUCCGCUUGCCUCUUGGCCCGAGCUAUUCCGAGCUCCCUGCCCACCAGCAUCAUGGCCAAGGGGUUCUACAUUUCCAAGACGCUGGGCAUCUUGGGCAUCCUGUUGGGUGUGGCGGCUGUGUGUACUAUUAUAGCUCUGUCGGUGGUCUACGCUCAGGAGAAGAAUAGGAAUGCAGAGAACUCUGCCACAGACCCCACGCUCCCAAGCAGCACCUCAGCCUCCGCCUCAACUGCCGCCCCUCCUAUAGAUGAAAGCAAACCUUGGAACCAGUAUCGCUUGCCUAAGUCGCUAAUACCUGACUCCUACAGCGUGACUCUGAGACCCUACCUCAGCCCCAACGAUCAGGGCCUGUACAUCUUCACAGGUAACAGUACUGUCCGCUUUACCUGCAAUGAAACCACAGAUGUCAUCAUCAUCCACAGCAAGAAGCUCAACUACACCCUCAAAGACGGCCACAUGGUGGCGCUGCAAGCCCUGGGUGACACUCAGGCACCUACCAUUGUCAACACGGAACUGGUAGAGCGUACUGAGUACCUGGUGGUGCACCUGCAGGGGUCCCUGGUAAAGGGCCAGCAGUAUGAGAUGCACAGCGAGUUCCAGGGGGAACUGGCUGAUGACCUGGCUGGCUUCUACCGCAGCGAGUACACGGAGGGUGACACCAAGAAAGUGGUGGCUACGACGCAGAUGCAGGCUGCCGAUGCCCGGAAAUCCUUUCCGUGCUUUGAUGAGCCGGCCAUGAAGGCUGUAUUCAACAUCACGCUCAUCUACCCCAAGAACUUGACAGCUCUGUCUAACAUGCUUCCCAAAGAUUCCAAGCCCCUUGAAGGAGAGCCUGACUGGACCGUUACCGAGUUCUACUCCACCCCCAAGAUGUCCACGUACCUGCUGGCCUACAUAGUGAGCGAGUUCAAAAAUAUAAGCUCCACCUCAGAAAAUGGUGUCCAGAUUGGAAUCUGGGCUCGGCCCAGUGCCAUUGACGAGGGCCAUGGUGAUUAUGCACUGAAUGUUACAGGCCCCAUCCUAAAUUUCUUUGCCCAACAUUAUAAUACACCCUACCCUCUACCAAAGUCUGACCAGAUUGCUCUGCCUGACUUCAAUGCUGGAGCCAUGGAGAACUGGGGCCUAGUGACCUACCGUGAGAGCAACCUGGCCUUUGACCCUCUGUCUUCCUCCAUUAGCAACAAGGAGCGGGUGGUCACUGUGAUCGCUCACGAGCUGGCCCAUCAGUGGUUCGGCAACCUGGUGACGGUGGCUUGGUGGAAUGACCUGUGGCUGAACGAGGGCUUUGCCUCCUAUGUGGAGUAUCUGGGUGGUGACUAUGCAGAGCCCACCUGGAAUCUGAAAGACCUCAUUGUGCUGAAUGACGUGUACCGCGUGAUGGCCGUGGAUGCUCUCGCCUCCUCCCACCCACUGUCCAGCCCUGCCGACGAGGUCAACACGCCAGCCCAGAUCAGCGAGCUAUUUGACACCAUCACCUACAGCAAGGGAGCCUCAGUCAUUAGGAUGCUGUCCAGUUUCCUGACAGAGGACCUGUUCAAGAAGGGCCUUGCAUCUUAUCUUCACACCUACCAAUACUCGAACACCAUUUAUCUGGACCUGUGGGAACACCUGCAACAGGCCGUGAACAAUCAGACAGAAAUCCAACUCCCAGACUCGGUACGCACCAUUAUGGACCGCUGGAUUCUACAGAUGGGCUUUCCUUUUAUCACUGUGGAUACCACUACAGGAGAAAUCUCCCAGAAGCACUUCCUCCUGGACUCCAGUUCCACAGUUACCCCCUCAGAGUUUAAUUACCUCUGGAUCGUGCCCAUUCCGUUUCUCAAAACCGGACAGGAGGAGUUCUACUGGCUGUCGGAACAGAAAAGCCAGAAUGAAAGCUUCCGAACAUCCUCCGAUGAAUGGAUCCUACUGAACAUCAAUGUAACCGGCUAUUACCUGGUUAACUAUGACGAAAGCAACUGGAGGAAGCUUCAGACUCAGCUGCAAACAGACCUUUCUGUUAUCCCUGUCAUCAACCGUGCACAGAUUAUCCAUGACUCCUUCAACCUGGCCAGUGCUGGAGAGCUGCCCAUCACUCUGGCGCUGAACAACACCCUCUUCCUGGCCAAUGAAACGGAAUACAUGCCCUGGGAGGCCGCCCUGAGCAGCCUGAACUACUUCAAGCUCAUGUUCGACCGUUCGGAGGUCUACGGCCCCAUGAAGAGUUAUCUGAAGAAGCAAGUCACACCCCUCUUCUCACACUUCAAAACUAUAACCAACAACUGGCAAGAUCGUCCUUCAACACUGAUGGAGCAGUACAAUGAAAUUAACGCCAUCAGCACCGCCUGUUCCAGUGAUGUCACAGAGUGCAGGGACCUGGUUGUCGACUUUUAUAGUCAGUGGAUGAAGAACCCUGAUAAUAACACGAUCCACCCCAACCUUCGGUCUACUGUCUACUGCAAUGCCAUUGCCUUCGGUGGCGAGGAAGAGUGGAACUUCGCUUGGGAACAGUUCCGGAAAGCAACCUUGGUGAACGAGGCAGACAAACUCCGGUCAGCCCUGGCCUGUAGCAAAGAUGUGUGGAUUUUGAACAGGUACCUGAGUUACACUCUGAACCCGGACUACAUCCGGAAGCAGGAUGCCACCUCCACCAUCAUCAGCAUCGCCAGCAACGUGGUCGGGCAGCCUCUGGUCUGGGACUUCGUCCGAAGCAACUGGAAGAAACUGUUUGAGGAUUACGGCGGAGGAUCUUUCUCCUUUGCCAAUCUCAUCGAGGGAGUGACCCGGCGCUUCUCCUCUGAGUUCGAGCUGCAGCAGCUGGAGCAGUUUAAGGCGGAUAACGCGGAGACAGGCUUUGGCUCCGGCACUCGGGCGCUGGAGCAGGCUCUGGAGAAGACGAAAGCCAACAUCAACUGGGUGAAGGAGAACAAAGAUGUGGUGCUCAAGUGGUUCACAGACAACAGCAGUUAGGCCCUGGUCCUGAGGACCACUUGCCCCAGUGUGACACCUCCUACCAUCUCAGCAGCCCAUGCAGGGUCUCUGUCCUCAGAGCUCCAGACACCAGCACCCUACCCUCAAGGAUGACGUCUCCAGCCUACGGAGUCAGCCUAGCUCCUAAUUGUCAGGCUGCCGGACACCUCCCAGUUCUUGCCCCUCAUGCCAGCUCUGCCCCAGGCCCAGGCCUCUGGGGCUGAUCUCAGGGAAGCCCAGCUCUGAGGCUAGAUUUACAGGACCAAGGGCAGCCUGGAAAGAGUUUCCCUCAAUGCUUUGCUACUCCCUCCCCCAGCCCCCCCCCAAGACCCAGAACCAAAGAAUCAACAGGGCACAAGAUCUAUAUAUAUUUUUAAGAGAAAAUGUAAAUAAAGAAUUUCUAAAAUGA